CGACAUCGAUCCAACUCAAAUGCGUGGUAUAGAGUCCGAUUCAUCCAUAAAAUCAUAUCCUUGAACUUCUUCCUCCCUCUGCGCAACAAUCUCGCAGCACCAGCAAAUAAUCUACUUUGGCCAUCAACCACCAACAUCCCAUUCACCGAUAAUAUGGUUACUUACAACAUGAGCACCAAGCCUGCAGAAGACGAUUGGGAGAGACUAUCGGGCCUCUCGGGUGACCAAGGCAAGCCGGCCAGGCAGUCGCCUCCAUCAUACUACGCCGCACCCAACCCCUUCGCAACCUCAAACUACAAUGCCGAAGACAGUCCCGUUGCCGCCUCGGCCGGCUCUAGAAGAUUUGGCUCUUCAAGUUACGCUCUUCCCUCUACUCUGCCCACAACCAUCGAGAUGCACGAUCUAGGUGAACCAUCGCAAAGUCCCUACAACAUCCCAACUACCAACAACAACGGCAACACUCUGCCACCCCCUGUCACUCAGAGCACUUCAAACUCCGGAUGGCAGCAGAAAGACCAGCAUGGAAUCUGGUUCCCCUGCCUCCUCACUCUCAUCCUCCUCAUCACCAGCAUCUCCCUCCACCCACCUCACUUCAGCCCAGAAGCCUGGAGCAGAACCCGCUGGUCCAGAACAGGUCACCACGAAAAGCUAAAUGUCGAACAAGUCAUCUUCGCCACCGUGCCCCAAAAGUUCAUCUGGUCGAACUUCCUGUCAGUGCUGAUGCUGAAUGUGUGGGUUUUGCAGUUCAUGUAUUGGUAUGGAGGGUUUGCUGCCCGAGAUAGUAGGAGAGGCAAGACGUUUAGGAAGAUGAAGCCGUUGUUCUUUUUGGUUGUUGUGAUGGUGGAGGCUGUGUUUAUGUGGGGAUGGCUUCUGUGGACUAUCUGAGGACUGAUAUCGAGCUAGUUGGAGGCGUGAUCGAGUUUGAAAUUGGGAUGGCUUUGUUGCUAUCAAGCAGGAUGAAGUCGAACACUGGAUAAGUAGCCGAAGAACAAAGAACAAGUCUUCUCGGAUAUGUGCUUUUGACAAGUAGUCUUAUAGCAAAAUAGCGU